CUCAUAAGCAGUGGGCGAUUGUUUGCCUGUGGGUGGUGGAUAGCCAACUAUGUCAAGGACCAUUUUCGUGACCGGUUUCGGUCCGUUUGCUGGCCACGAAGAACGUAAUGCCAGCUGGGAGGCCGUCAAACUACUUCCCGACUCAUACCAGCACCAUAAGGUAAAAUAUACAAUUCAAAAGUUGCAGAUUCCGGUUACAUAUGAAGCGGUGGAUGCUGCAGUGCCGAAGAUUUGGAACCAAAAUCCAGCGCUGGUCAUCCAUAUCGGGGUUCAUGGUCGUAUCGAAACGAUUAAUCUGGAGAAGUGUGCAUACUCGUCUGGGUAUUGUCGACCGGAUUUCACCAACAAAUGUUUACCGUGCGAUAAGAUAACUCUCAAAAAUGAUGUAAAGUGCUCAGUUCUGAAGACGAACCUAGAUGUAGAAGCUAUCGCUAGUGAGCUUAGCACCCUUGCCAAGUGCUGCUGCUCGACGGAAGUGGGCAGUUACCUGUGCGGCUAUAUCUACCUCAAAUCGCUGGACGUGGAUCCAGAUCGAACGUUGUUCAUACACGUACCGGAUGUCAAUCGACCGUACAGCUCCGAACAGACAAAAGAUGUCAUCUUACAGGUGCUGGUUCGAUGCAUGAAUCAGCUGGAAACAAAUGGGAAACUCUGAGAAGUUACCUACGGAGUUUUUUUCAGAUGGAAUUGCCACAUUUUAACUUUGGAUUUAAUUAUAUGAAUGUUUUAACUUAUUAGCAUAUAGUUUUAUUAUAAUUAACCCAUUU